CACUCCUUUCAUUUCCUUUCUUCAAAUUUUUCCAUCCAAUUUCCAUAAGAGGGACAACAAACAACAGUAGAUUAUAUGAUAUCUUGUUCACCUGGAGUUUCCAUUGCUAAUAAUAUUGAAUUUUGUAAUGGAUCGUGUCUCUUAUCUUGUUCUAAUCUUCAUUGCCUCUCAUCUAUUACUUAUUUCCUUAGCACAAGAAGUUAAGAAAUCCAAUCCAAAAUGUACACCUUUUUACUGCGGAAAAUUCGGACCUGUCAGCUUCCCCUUCACGAAUCAUACUCAGCCGGAGUGUGGUUUGCUGAUAAUAUACGACUGCAACAAACUUGUUCAGAAGAUUCAACUAGGAAAGGGCGGGCCAUGGUUUGCAGUUGCGAGCGUCUCCCAGGAUAACACUCUCAGGCUACGAGAUCUGGAGUUUCAAAGUAAUCAGAUACAAAGCCUGAGCUGUGAUACCUUCAGGAAUUUGAGCCUUCCCAUUUCUGCUUUUCUCACUUUCGAACUCCGAGACGAUCCGAUCAAGUUCAAGUGCCCCAGCACACAAAGUUACCCUGCAAAUUAUAGCUUGUCAUGCAAUGAUUCAAGGCACUAUGUCAUCUAUGACAAUUACAAACAUGGUAACUUACCAAGUCCUCCAGCUCAAUGUUCACUUGUUCACCUCCUGGUGAACAACACUAAGCGAAGAGUCAACUUUAUAAAUUUGUUCACUGGUCGGUUUCGGAUUAGAGUGAAUGUAAUACAAGAAUGUUACCAAUGUUACUGGAGAGGAGGCAAAUGUCAAAGUGAUGGCAAAGGAAAUUUUCAUUGUUCAAAAUCAAGAACAGGGCUUGGAAAAGUGGGAUUGAAGCUAGGCACAGGACUUGCCAUAUCAGCCACUGGAACUGGCAUAUUGAUUCUAGCCUUCUGCUUCUGGAAAAAAUGGUCAUCGCAUAAUUCCAAGGUCUUCAACUUGAAGAAGAAAACUGAGGAUUACCAAAACAUCGAAGUAUUUUUAAGGAACCAAGGAUCCCUUGCACCUAAAAGAUAUAGUUAUUCAGAUAUUAAGAGAAUGACUAAUUCAUUCAAACAUAAGCUAGGCCAAGGAGGAUACGGAGGUGUUUACAAAGGUAGAUUGUCUGAUGGUCGUAAUGUAGCAGUGAAGGUCUUAAUUAAAUCCAAUGGCAAUGGUGAAGAAUUUAUUAAUGAGGUUGCUAGCAUUAGUAAGACUUCCCAUGUCAACAUUGUUACUCUUUUAGGUUUCUGUUUUGAGGGUCAUAAAAGAGGUCUCAUCUACGAAUUUGUAUCCAAUGGAUCACUUGAGAAAUUCAUAUACGAAAAAAGUCUAUCCCAGACAAUUCAUUCAUUAAAGUGGGAAUCAUUAUAUCAGAUUGCAAUAGGCAUAGCUCGAGGAUUAGAGUACUUGCAUCGUGGUUGUAGCACACGAAUUUUGCACUUUUACAUAAAGCCACACAAUAUUCUACUGGAUGAAGACUUUUGUCCAAAGAUUUCUGAUUUUGGUCUUGCAAAAAUUUGCCCCAAGAAAGAGAGUGUUGUAUCAAUGACAGGUGCACGAGGGACUAUUGGUUAUAUUGCUCCAGAAGUAUUUUAUAGAAGCUUUGGAGUAGUCUCUCACAAGUCAGAUGUUUAUAGCUAUGGAAUGAUGGUUUUAGAAAUGGUUGGAGGGAGAAAGAAUAUUGAAGUUGACGUUGAUAGCACAAAUGAAAUAUAUUUACCACAUUGGAUUUACCAACAUCUUGAAGUAGAUGAAGAAUUUGCGCUACAAGGCAUUGCAAAUGAAGAGGACAAAGAGUGUGCAAGGAAGAUGAUAAUUGUUAGUUUGUGGUGCAUACAGACUAACCCCUCUGAUAGGCCGCCCAUUAGUAGAGUGGUGGAUAUGUUGGAAGGAAGCCUCGGUUCCUUGCAAAUCCCACCGAAGCCUUUUCUAUCUUUUCCAGGAUCACAGGUAGAUUCUUCAACACAUUUGUUAGACUGAUAUUGUAAUCCAAUGGCAUUCCAAAAUGCACAUCUUCCCAAAAGGAGAAAUGAUUUUGUAUUUAUACUUUUCAAGCUAUUCAGUGACGAUUUUUACAAAUAUAAGAAGAAUAUU